AUGCCUAUCAGUGAUUUAUUGGCCUCGAUCAGCGGAGGGGCGGCCAAGAGCCCGGCGUCGAGCCGCCCCAACCCACCCCCAAGCAUCAAACGAAAGGCGAGCUCCGAUCUGCCCAGCACUGCCAGCAAGACACAGCGGCUCACACCCCCGCCGGCAAAGUCGUCUCAGACACCACGACCUGGGGACGACAAAGCUUUUUCGAGUGGUGCGCGCUAUGCCGGAACAGCGGCCGGCGGACGACCUCCUGGAUCGACUGCGCGAGCAGCAGCUCCACCGGCGAACAAGCCCCGACCUACGUCGUCUGCCGCCUCCUCGCCCGCGGCUGCUGCACCCUCGAGAGUCGCACCGAAGAAGGGGUCGUUUGCCGAGAUCUUGGCCCGCGGCAAGGCCGCGCAGGUAUCCAUGGGCCAGGUGGGCAAGAUUCAGCACAAAAAGGUCGAGAACCCCCCGAAGCGGCUCAAGGACGAAGGGCAAGAAGGUACUCCCGCCGCUGGGCCGGCCGCGCGUGGGAAGAAGCCGGCCGCGCCCGGCUACGGCGGCACAUCACGGCCUUUUCAGCGGCCCACCAGCAGCGGUGCCGCCACCAACGGCAACAGACGCCCUGGGGCCAGCUCGACCCUGUCAAAGCAACGACCAUCUUCUACGGCACCAGGCUCGGCGCGUCGGGCGGCUGCUGCUGUCCCGGAACCGGAGAAGAAGAUCAAAAAGGCCGCCACGGCGACGACCGGUUACGCAGGCACCGCGCGGCCCAAACCCGGCAGCGACGUCAAGAAGCGGCACCACGAGGCCCCGCGCGGUGGCGCUUUGCUCAGCGCGCCCAAGGCCCGCGGCGCUGGAGCCCGCGGCAGUAAGUACGACGAUGAAUACGACGAGGACAUGGACGACUUUAUCGACUACGACGACGACGAGGAUGGCGGCGUUGAGCGAGGCCACGGAUACGCCUCGGACGGGUCGUCGGACAUGGAGGCCGGCAUGGACGACAUAUACGACGAGGAGGACCGCGCGGCGCGCAUUGCCCGACAGGAGGACAUACGUGAGAAGCAGCUGGAAGAGUCCCUCAAGGCGGCCAAGGAGGAGCGUCGCCGGAGAGCCUUGGGCUACAGGUGA